GGGCGAGAUAACACGCGGGUACGUCAGGGACCUACAGGUAACUACUCUAACCCCUUCUAUUUUUCCCCUGAAGGAAUUAAAGAUUCGUUUCCAUUGGGCUGAUUCUCCUCAGUUGUACGCAGGCCCCAAUGACCUAGACAGCGUGUGUUGCAUUCAUCCCUUUUCUCUUACUAUUUUUUUUUAUCCUUGAAAUCUUUUAGCUAUUCACAGUGCCGCUCCUCACGUGUGUGUCGCAGCCCAGUACCGAAUCGGUCGCGCGGCCAGGAGAGAAAGUUGAUUUGAUCCCCAUGGUGAUCUUCCCUGUGAGCCUCAGUUGCUGCCUAAAAAAAAAAAAUACGUAACGAAAAUUUUUUCGACCGGGGCUCCUUCCAGUCGUAGUUUGAACGCAGUCGCGAUCGGAAGGGUACGGGAGUCUUCUACCAAUUUUUUCAUGCAGUUUGAAAUCCCAAAGGGACAUGAAGAAACCAUGAAACACUUAGUCAACAGAAGAAUGUCCAUACGACGCUUGCUUUUGCCGUUGUUCUUGCUCAUGUCAUCUGGUCAUUUUCUUGCAUCCAGUAACGCCUUUGCUUGGGGUAAAGAUGAUCCGGAAGGACGGGUGAAAAAUGCCAGAAAAUACCUGACCGAAUACGAUUUUAUUGUUGUGGGAGCUGGAUCAGCCGGAGCUGUGAUUGCUUCGCGAUUGUCCGAGAUCGGAGACUGGACUGUGCUGUUAUUAGAAGCCGGAGGUGAUGAAACAAUUUGGUCGGACGUACCUGGCGCUGCCAAAUAUCAACAGUUAACUGAAAUGGAUUGGCAGUACCAAACAGAGCCGCAACCAGGCCAAUGCCUGGGUUUGAAAGAACACAGAUGCAACUGGCCACGAGGCAAAGUACUAGGUGGCUCGUCCGUCCUCAAUUAUAUGCUGUACGUGCGUGGUAACCGACGGGACUAUGACAGUUGGUCGGCCAUGGGCAACUACGGAUGGUCCUACGAAGAAGUUUUGCCCUACUUUAUCAAGUCGGAGGACAACCGCAAUCCUUACUUUGCCCAGAGCCCGUACCAUGGUGUUGGCGGACUGCUAACUAUCCAAGAGGCCCCUUAUCACACACCGUUAGCCUCUGCAUUUCUAGAAGCUGGCAUUGAAUUAGGUUACGAAAAUCGGGACUGUAACGGCGAAUACCAGACGGGCUUCAUGAUUCCGCAGGGGACGAUACGAAGAGGGAGUCGUUGUUCGGCAGCCAAGGCAUUUCUACGGCCGGUUCGUCAUCGUCCGAAUUUGCAUGUAGCUAUGCAAGCUCACGUGCAUCGUAUUCUAAUUGAUCCUCAUCUUCGGCGAGCCGAGGGCGUAGUUUUCCAGCGCAAGAGAAAAAUCUUUCAAAUUAUGGCUCGUAAAGAAGUGAUCCUGGCAGCUGGAGCUAUUGGCAGUCCUCAUUUGCUGCUUCUCAGUGGCAUCGGAGACGCUCGUCAUUUGCAACAAGUGGGUGUUCCCGUCGUCCAUCACUUGCCCGGCGUUGGCCGCAAUCUUCAGGACCAUAUCUCCGGCCGGGGAAUGGUCUACUUAAUUAACGAGACUGUCUCAUUAGUCGAGCCUCGUUUUUUCAAUCUACCGUCUUUGCUCAAGUACAAACGGUCACUAGAUGGCCCGUGGACUGCCCUCAGUGGUACUGAGGGACUUGCAUGGGUCAAUACCAAAUAUGCUGACCCAAAUGACGAUUUCCCCGACAUGCAACUACAGUUUAUCGCUGGUUCGCCAAUCUCAGAUGGCGGCAAGACAUUGCGACAUAACGAUGGCAUACGAGAUGAUAUCUGGGACGAGUAUUACGAACCCAUUUCGUUGGAAGAUACUUGGCAACCCAUUCCCAUAGUGCUACGACCCAGAUCCAAGGGCUAUCUUCUACUGAAUUCAGACGACCCAUAUGAUAAACCGCUAAUUUACGCCAAUUACUUUCAAGACGAAUAUGAUUUGAAAGUGAUGAUUGAAGGCAUGAAAAUCGGUCUGGCGCUAAGCCAAACAAGCGCUUUUCAGCGUUUCGGUUCGCGCUUUUACGACAAGCCGUUCCCUGGAUGCCAACAUUUACCGUUAUUUACGGAUGAUUACUGGGGAUGUUUCUUACGCCAUUAUUCAACCACACUCUACCAUCAAGCUGGCACCUGUAAAAUGGGCAAUAGCUCAGAUCCUACGGCUGUAGUUGAUCCUGAAUUACGCGUUUACGGGAUAGCAGGAUUACGCGUUGUGGACGCCUCCAUUAUGCCAAACGUCGUUUCAGGAAAUACCAACGCACCAGUCAUCAUGAUAGCAGAGAAAGCUGCUGAUCUCAUUAAGCGUUCGUGGCUGGGCUACGCAGGAUAACGACUGCCACCUUACAAGGAAAUCUUGGGAAAGAAAAAGAAAAACUCGUAACUUCAAACUUACGCGAUAAAACUUCACAUCACUCUGACGAGUGUCCUGUUUUUUAAGUAUUUAUAGCAAUAAUUCUACUAAAAAUUUUAUGUUGUACAUAUUUC